CGCGAGGUCCAUGUCGUUGCAUAUGAGCUGGAGUCAAUCCAAGACGCUGCUUGAAGCUUAGAGGGCUACAGCUGAUACCGGCAACGUCCAAUGGUUACCAAGUUAUAUCUCAUUGCCUUGCUCAAGUGUAUCUCAGUAGGUAUCUGUAACUUCAACCUCACCUCGGUCUUUAACGGGCUUGCUCCCAGUGCGACUCGGAGAAACUCGAGAUCGCCGGACUCUGUAUCUACUCAACAAGCGGCUCUCGGGCCCCUGGCCGCCGGUCGUCCGGCCCAAAAAAUCGAAAUGAGAGUAUUGUACUGUGAAGGAUUUCCACGCUGUGAGUCGAGCUGCCAGCCUUCUGAGCAUGCAGAAAGCGCACCCGGGUGAGGAGGCUGGCUGGAUUCCGGGUUAGAAAAGAGAAACUCGCAACUUGAAGGCGCGGAAAGGACAAG